AGUCUGUUGAGGUGCAUUGUGGGAAACUCCCAAGUUUCCCCCCCCUUCUCCUCCUCCUCUGCCUUCCUCCCUCCCUCCUCUCUGCGCAAGAGCCAGCUCCCAAGGUGGGACACUGUGCAGCGGCCAGAGGACGGAAGGUGCUGUACAAUGUCCAGAUAGGACACCACCAGUGUAAGACUUGUCCUGAGACAACUGCUCCAAGAGAUUGAGCUGUCCCUCUCAGGUGGCUCCUCUGCCUUCUCCAGCAGCUGAGUGAAGAAGAGGUGGGAUUGCCCUGUGUGCACGGCAUCCAGGUGUGACCCACAGCACUCGUAAGGAUGGAUUCCAAAGGCAAUGUCCGAAGCGGAAACAAACCUGAUGCCAAGGCCCCCAGCUCUGGAAAGCCAGAAAAGCCCAACCCUGGGCCAACCACGAAUGCAGACAAGAAGGAGACCCCCAAAGAGCAACCUGCUCCCACCACCACCACCUCCACCACCAAGAAGGCAGGUGGUGAUGCUGCUGUUGUGAACAACCACAGCAACCUGAAACCCAGCCCUGCCUCCACGGAGACGCAGGAGGCCACCGGCCAGUCCCCUGACUCUGACCACAAGGGAAACAGCUCCGAGGAGUCACCGGGAAGCAUCUUCGACAACAUGAAGCCCUUGAUCAUCGUCGGAGGAGUGGCAGUGGCUGCACUCGCUGUGAUUGUGGGAGUGGCGUUCCUAGCCCGGAAAAAAUGAAGAUGGAGACAGGGUGGGGAUGAGAAACCCAACCCAGCUGUACAGCUCCUUUUGAGACAAAUGCAUGCAGAAAAAAAUCUAUACAUAUCUAUAUAUAUAGAGCGAGCUAGAUAGGUCAACGACAAACACCAACUGCAAAUCCAAGAGUCUUGUUCAAGACAACUGUGCCAGUUUGACCCGGUGUGGGUAACUCCAUGCACUCAGUGUGUUCUUUCAUGUAAUAUAUCUUGGCUUAUACCACUGUGUAUAGAUUACAGCUUCUCCUGAUCAGUGUAAAUGACGGUGUCCCCUCCCCUCCCCUGCGGUCCUCCCUGGGAGAUGCCCCCACCUCUCUCGCAGUCCCCUGUUUUCAAGUCCAAAGUGUUCUACGUCCCAUCCAGAGUCUCUGCUUUGUGUUUCGGUUUCUGUUUGGUUUGGAGUUAGGUUGCGGUGAAGAAGUCCUAAGAGGCGUUGGAGCUUAGUGGUAAGACCCUGCUUGUCUGUCGCUGCAUGUUGGGCUGGCGUUUAUCCAUCCCGCCUCUGGGGAAAUGCAGGCAAAAGACAUCUCCCUGACCAAACAGCCAAGUGUGAUCUCUAAUAGGUGUUUUGUGUAUCUGCUGCUCAUCAACCCACCUUUAAAAACCCAACUGGAAAACACCCCAAAGAAGAGCUGGCUGCAACUGGAGGCUGAGGCUGCAGCGUGGCAGAGUUCGGGGCAUCACAUUGAGUCACAGCUCUGGCUGAGCUGCCAGCGGGGGAGUGAGCAGAGGGGCUGUGCUCUGACCCACAGGGCUCAGCACGUGGAGGUACCUGGCCAAGUCCUAUGCCGACCUCAAACAGACAGCAAGCAGUUGCUGGGUUUCUGGCAUGCUGGCAGGCAGCCUCCAAGAUCCCAUGGCUCACCAGGUUCAUAUGGGCAGUGUUUGAGGAUAGAGAGACUUUGUGUUUUGGAUUAGUAUUUCCUAAAGUUAAGCUGGGCUUUGCAGGAUGCUGUGGCCUCAGCCCAAACUCCCCCAAGGUCAGCUGGACUCUCUGCUCAUUUCUUUGGACUUUGGAUCAGGCCUUUUGCCUGCAUUUUUCUCACUGAAGGCUACAGUCUCUGAUAUGUAAGAAGGUAGAAAAAGUGGAGAUGAGAUGGUUUUAUGGGUGGAGAGGACCUGGGACCCCAUGAGAAUGAGACUGAUCUGCUUCAUACCAGGAAAACCUUCUUCAAGGGCACUGGAAGUCUGUCUGUGGGGGAUUUCUCCCAUGACAGUAGCAGGGAUUUGUGACUCCUCCAAGCUUUGGAAAUGAUGACAAAUUCCCAGCCCUUGAUUAGCCUGGUUUCAUCGGUGACAAGGCAGCUCUAAAGGCAGACCUUGUGAAGGAGAGAAGGCAGGCAGGUGAUGAGAGAGGGGAUGUAGUGUGUUGGCUGCUGCCCUUCUCCUAACGCCAAAAAGUGGGCAGAUCUCCUUAUCUGAAAGUUUCCAUUAGACUGCUCCUGGCAGCAAAAAAAAAAAAGUCUUACAAAUAGGGCCUUAAGUGUUGUUUUUAAACUAGGUCAGAGAUUAGAUGAGGUCAGAACCACAGCCGCUGGAGCUCAGCGAUUGCAGACAGCGGGCAGGGUUUGCAGUGAUGGCUCGUAAGAGGCUGUGACAAAGUGGAGUGAGUUCAGGUAAAGAGCAUAAGUCACACAGCUCUGAGCCUGGCUCUAUGAAUUUGGUGGGUGCAGGGUUAGAGAGAGGCACACGUUCCUCAGGUUAUGCCUCUGUGAUAUCCGCUGCUGGCAGGAUUAGAAGAUAGGACGGUGGGUGUGUAUAACCUUAUCUAACAAUGAUGUCAUAACCUCCGCUCACAUCUGUCUUAUUUACCUCCAAAUCUGCUUUGCUAAAAUGCAUGUGGCUUCCCCAAACAAAAGGUCUUUGAGUCAGCCUGGCCAUUCCAAUGGUGAGAUCUGUCAUGCUUUUUUCCUCCAGGCUCACUAAAUAUUCCCAAGGGUGCACAGCCUCUGGGAGAAUCCAAUGCUGUCUGCAUGCAGGUGAGAUUUAACGUCUACCUCUGCCUUUACCAGCAGAGACAGAGACUGGGAAUGUUGGUUUGACAGUGUUUUUUGGAACAAGUGCUACAGCCCUGAGUGAAAUCCUGGUGGCUCAAAGCACUCUCUGCCUGUCUUGUGGAUGUCUCCUACGUCACUCCCAGCCUGGAGAAUCUCUUUGAUUUGAAGCAGAAGGGUCCAUGCUGGGGUAUUUCUAUGGUGCCACUUAUGUCUAGAGAUGCGAUUUCCCCUUGUUCUCUUUUGCGGAGGUUCUUUUAGUGGGGGGAGAGAGGGAGAACGGUACCAAAGGAAUAGGAAAGAUCUUUGGAAAGCAGAGAGAUGGCAGAGGAUGCAGCUCAGAAGCAGCGACUGUGGCAGGGCUUUGUGAGAGGAUGCGGUGAGGCUGCAGCAUCCACACUGAGAGGCUGGGAACUGGAGUGCCUCUGAACCUGAUGGUGCCCCAACCUCUUGUUAGGGAGAUACCCGAUUGCAGACCAACUCCCCCAGCUCCUGCUUGCACCCUGAACAUCCUCACAAGGGGAAAUUGAGGUGCACAAGGUAGAAGCAAACCACAGUGCAGUCCUGCCAGGAACCUGGUCUCUGACUGGGAGCUGCGUGCUGUGGAGGAAGGUAUCCAAACAACCGGGGUUUGGAUGUGGGGAUGGCUGUUUCUGGGCUGCCCUCCCCUCAGAUCUCUGAAGCACAAAGCUCUCGGCUGUAGGGAAAUUUUGCUGUUGUUAUUGUGAGGAAGGGAAAUGGGCCACUGCUGCUCUGAUUCCUGCUUUGCCAAAGUAGGGUGGUGAUUUUCAGACAGCAGCUUCUCUUUCCAACCAGGAGGGUUGUUUUCGAGAGAUGCUGCUCCCUGUCUUCUGUGUUCCCUCCCUCUCUGCCCUGGCGUAGGAUUGUUUCAUUUAGCAGCACGACGGGAUUAUAGAUGUCGCUAUCUAUUCUGUCCUGAUCAGAGUAGAUAGAUACAGGAGGAGUAAAUAGAACCACCUGCUCCAGUUGAGUCUCCUAUUUUACUUUACAAAGUGGUUUCAGUCCUUGACUUAACCUUUGGUAACAGAAAAGGGGGAAAAAAAAAAAACAGUUCUCAGCCAACAUGAGCCUUAACCAUGUCUGUCUGUCUCCAGCUUCCCCUGCCCCACCUGGAACCCACCUCUUUGCUACCUGGAACCACCUCUGUGGCAGCUUGGUUUGGCAAAAACAUCUGUGUGUGUGUGUGUGUGCACGCGCGGACACCACCCUGCCUUGAAGAGUGUUCUGCAUAUGUAUGUCCACAUACAUAUAUGUUUAUAUUACUGCAGUCUGAGGUGGGGGGAAAUCAAAUCAACCUGGAGAUGACCCUUUGUUCAUUCCCCUGCCUUCACACAAAGUGUCUGUGAUGUCUUCUCUGUGCCAUUUGCAUCAUGCCAUGCAGCACCUGAAUUCAUUUUCAGUCCCUGGUUUCUUUCUCAGUGCAAAGAAUGUAUGGCUAGUGAACUGCUGAAUGUAAGAUGUGCCCGUUGUGCUAGAAGCUCCAAAUUACUGUUUCCUUCCCUUGGAUAGUCGUGUGAGCAACUAGCUUUCAAAUAAGGCACUUUUAGACUUUACUGAACUAUACUGGACUGUGUUGUAGCGCUUUUCCAAGUGUGGGUCUAGUGUUGAUUCGGGUCAGGUAGCUCAAGCAUAGAUGCCGUACGAGCUCCUAAGCACGCAGCCAGAGCGCUGCACUUCAGUCCUGACUUGCAAACAACAUCCUCUUAGCAAACACCUCCUGUUCUGCCUUAAUGUGCCAGGCUGUGCCGUGGUUUCGUUUUGAGACAAAAAUAUGUCCAGCGAGAAGUAGGUUUGAGAAGAGUAAAUUCACCCCUCUCUGAACCAAAGGGAGGCUGAAACCAGGUUUGUUGAAGCGGAAGGCUUAAAUGACUGAACUCGCUGUGCUAAAUAAAUAGUUGUCUUUUCUCGUACUGAGCACACGCCGUUAUUUGCUUGAUGUUCUUCUUUGUGUGGUGUUUGUGAUAUGAAGUCCUUCUAGUGGUACCUCCGUGGGGAGAACAAGCUGACGCUUAAAUCUAAUCGGAUUCUGUGCUUGGGAUUUGACGAGAUCUAGAUUGCUAGUUUACUCUUUUGAUAAAGUAUAAAUUAUCAAGUUGCAAAACCGACUUCAGACAUCGUAGCUUAUCACUAAAACUAUUGAUUCAAUUCCUACACCCGAUCUCAACCUAUUUUCAAGGAGCUGUAAGUUUUAGUUGAAUAUAAAGCUGUCAUUACGCUCUCUUGGACAACUUUGUAGAAGGCUUUUGAUGCUUCUAUGUCGAAGGAAGAGGAAAUGGUUUACGCUUCUCCUUCUUAUUUUUCUACCCAUUUAAUAAGCUAUGGAUAAGUCCAAUUAUUCCUAACAGGAUCCAAACAAAUCUGGAAACCAAAUGAUAAAGCAGGAGCAUUUUCAGGAGGGCGGGAUGAAUCCCUGCAGGUGCUGUUCACCUCUUAGACUCGCCCUUAAGCCUUGAGCAAGUUGCUUGCCCUGAAGCAUUUCUUAGCUCUGUUAGGUUGAGUGAUCAACUAAAAAUUAGGUUAUCUCUGCCGAAGCAAAGUUUUGGGGUUAAUCCAUAGGCUACGGAAAGCAAAGGGGAUUUUUCCAUUGGCUUUGCCAUGCUCUGCUGAGGCUUUUGAGAUCAUGUUGGCACCAGGGAUACGAUUGCAGGUCACUGUAAAAUGGAAAGGCAUCUCUGGGCAAAGCAUUCCUUAGUCAUUCAACCUUAGUCCUGCUGAGUGGGAGGAAAGGCUCGGCUCUUGACUGAGGCAGCCACGGUCUACAACCAUGCUUAUACCUAUAUUAAUAUGUGUGUAUAAACAACUAAAAAACCCACGAGUUGGGGAAAGGAGAUGAUUCUGCCUUAAAAAUGUCCCUUCCUUUCUUGGAAAUGCCACUGGCAUCUUUCUAACUUUUCUUGGAAUUAGUUGGGAGUAGCAGUCCUGAAGGCUUAACAAAAAACUGAAGUCUUUAAGGAACAACAAAAAACUGGAAGGCAGUGAAAAAUUGUAUUAAAAAAGUGAAAUUCUUGGAAUUCCAAUCAGCUCUAUGGAAAGCUUCAGGUUUUGUUGCUUCUGAAAGAGUGCACGAAACAGGACAGAGAAAGGCAGAUAAAAGAAAAAGCACAUGGCAUCAUUAUCUUAAACCGUUUGGUGAGGACACGUUAAUAUUUAUUCCUUAUCCACAUCUAUUUUUUUCUUGGACAAAAGUGAAAAUGACCAACUCUGAUGCCGUGCAAAUCAUCCUUUGACUGACUCCCCAAAUGAAUUUUUGCUGCCUCUGUUCAAUGCUGAAAGGUUUGCGAAGGAAGAAAAAGAUCUGUAGUUUUCUACAACCAACUUUGGGUGAUUAAGGGAAAGGGCAAGGCUAGGAUUUAGACAUUUUGAAGGGCUGUGUUCUCUCUUCCCAUGCUUUGCUAUUAGAAGUAUUGAUGGUCCAAUCUAAUCAUGCUUUGAUCGUCUUGGUCUGUGACCUCAUGCUAGAGCAGGGAUGCUGGUUCCCUUCCCAAGCUGUGCAGCAUCUUAAUGCAGCCUCGCUCCUAUCACUGCAGAGGUGGGAGAAAUCUCCCAAGCUGGGACAAGCUGCCUUCUGUGGGGCAGGGAACCACAUUACAUCCUUUCCAUAAACUGUCUGCGCUUCUGUUUUACAGACUAGAUGCCUCCCUUUGCUCUGACCUUAAAAAUUUCCCUUCCUUUCCCUCUAUAAAUUAGUUAAGCUCUCAGCACAGGAGGCUGGAAUCAGGAUAUUACCUGGUAUUUACACCAGUGGUGUUCAGUCUUCUGUCAGGAAGGAACCUGUGGAUGCUGAAGCUCUCCCUGCACAUAUCUGGCCCCAUGAUUGACAGUUCCACCCCAGGAAGCGAUGGAGCCUGCACAGCAAACUGAGCCUGGGCUGCGACACCAGCCACAGCUUUCGGGAUUUAUGCUCUGUGGGUUCUGAAGAAGCCAGGAAAGGGUGACUUGAGCAGUGUCUGCCUGCUACUGUGGAUUAAACAUUGCUGCUCUGUUUUCAGCCCAGCAUCGGUUCCUAAACGCUUCUCCUGCAGUGGUUGUUUUUGAUCUAUCAUCCUUCUUAAAACCUCUCCUGUCCUCAUUGCACGGCAGACUAGUUCUUUCCUGAAGUUUGUGUGUUUGAAGUCUUAAUCGUUAAUGGGAAGUUAGGUUUUAAGUGGCAUAAAGGGCAAAGAGCACAGAAUAAGAAGUCUUAGCUGUCUCAGUGGCAAAAAGGAGAGGGUGCUUAAUCUAGGUUUAUCAAACUGAAGGUCACGAUACAGAAAGUAGAUCUCCUUGAGCUGGGUUAUCUUGAACUGAGCAGCCCAGAUGACGAUGCAAGGUGCUGCUGAGGAUACUGCAAUUAGGCUGAGCUCGUGCCUCCCAUGCCAUUCAGCUGGACUUGGCUGGGUCUGCCCAACACAGUUUCCAUGUCUUUUAUUGCAUCUAGUGCAGAUCAUAUUACCUUUAUUGACUGGCCCUGGGAAGCUUAAUCUGUGCAGAAAAGGGGUUUUAUGAUGACUUUUUCCACUUUUUUUUUGAUAACCACCCCAGCCUUAUGACCACCUUUCAUUUUUAAUGCCCAAAUUCCUGGCUGUUGGCUCAUGCCAGAUCUCUACAAACUAUGUGGCCCCAUUGGUUUCUGAAGAUCUGAUUCAUUUCUUGUCCUUCACUUCUUCUUUAGGUACUGUACUACAUUCCCUUUCCUUUCCUUACUUUCUUCCCAGGCAUCUCUGCAGUCUUGACCUCUCCUCAGCCAGAAAGGAACUCUGGUCCAGGGCCGAGACAGAUUUUGGGUAGCCCCAUACAGAAGACACAGGCCAUGUUCAGCCACAGAGCACCUCAGGGGAGUGCAGAGACUGUGAAACACGGAAUGGAUGAAGGUUGCUUCUGCCUUCAUUGAUAAGGCUUGAGGGUCUGAGUCUGCAAGGUGCUGAGUGCUCUUGGCUGCCACAGGAGCCGAGUAGAUGAUAAAACCUCAGCUGAAAGGUCCCUUUCUUGUCCUUGCUCUUCCAUGCCUGUAAGUCGCUGCACAGCCACAAGCUCCGCUCUGGAUUGAAGCCUGCGUGCUGGUCAGGUGUGUGGUGUUCUGGCUGCUUGAGAGAUGCCGACAGGGCCCUAGCGUGCUCUACAUUGGCUGCAGUUGGUGCUUCUGCAGUCCUCUUCUUACUGGAGCACCAUAGAUACCAACAGAGAAGAGAGCAUCACAAGCACUCAAGAGUUGGCUCUCAGGUGAACCGAAUGAUCUCCAUUUCUGCUGGCUCGCAGGAACAUGCUGCAGCUCGCUCUCUCCCUUCCUCCAUCACCCACAGGCUUGAGAACACAGGAAACUGCAAGGAUUUUUCCAUUUGAAGGGGCUGCUCAGGUGCUGCCAUUUCAUAAAUGGGAGACUUCUGAAAAUUCACAGCUCAUUCCACCAACCGUGCUAACAAAUUGAUACCCAGAGCAGCAAGGGGCGAGACAGAUCUCAGCCACUGGCUCUCGGCACACAGGGAGCUGGCUCUACCGCGAGCUAUCACCCUGCUCGCUGCUGUGGGCAGCCCUUGGGGACUCACACUCUCUGAUGCUAUGCUCUUCAAAAUAAACCAAUUUUCUUUUCUGAAAAAAAUAAUUUGGAUUAAAUAGGAUUCAGACCAACACAUUACUCUCCCUCCUGUUUCUCUUUUGGUUUCUUUCACUUCCAGCUUGAAAUUCAACUUUUUUUCCACUUGUCAUAACGCAAACCAUACCAAGAAUGAAGUUAGAGCUUCAUUCCGUCUGCGCGCGAUGAUGCGACCAAAACUCUCAGUAGGUAGAGAGGAGUCUUCAAUCAUCUUUGCACCAAUACAGACCUGCAUUGUAUCCCUGGUUUAGCCACAGCAGCUUCAAGCAGUCAGGUUUUUGGGGCAGUUUGAGAAGAAGAAGGAUGCCAUACAAUUUUAUCAUGUUUAAAAAGAACCCCAAACAAACCAACAAGCAAAUAAUUUGGCUUUAUUAAGUUUUGAGCAGCUCUCCUUACGCCUGGUGCCUUUUCCCGAGUCACCGGUUAGGACCGUUUCAAUCCAGACCUUUAAGAGGAGCGAACUUGACUCCCUGGUGAAACCCAACUCUCCUCCAGUGGUAGGUGCAGGUUGUUGUGGAGAAAGGAAAAUUGGAGAAAGGGAACUCAGAGGUCAGACUACAGGGGAUUUUACUUUUUCUUUUGUUUUGCUUGGGUUCUGUUUCUUUUCCAGGGACUGAUCCAAAGCCCUCGGAGGUCGGAUGGAAAGCUCAAACGCUGGUAGUGAAGAUGCUACCUCGGUAGCCACAGGCGUCUUUCCAACGACACCGGUGGGUUUUGUACCAGCUCUUGACCGUGUUUUUCCAAAUGACAGGGAUUUGACACCUUGAUUUCUUCCCUGUACAAACAGACCUGCUUGUCACUUACACAUUUUUACCUGUGUUCAACAUACAGGUUGUUUUGGUUUGCUUUCAGAAACACUUUGCUGCUAGACACAUUUCCUGGAGGGAAAUGGACACCUACCUACACACAAAGCUCUACAGCUAAUUUAUACCUUGUUGAAUUUAUAAUCUUGUCUAUGCUUCUAUGGACACUUUGUAUGGGCUGCAGCUCAAAUCCUAAAAUAGUCAAGAAUUUUUCCUUUCCCAUAUAGUAUUCUAUUUACUUUGACUUAAAAAAAACAAAAGCGUAUAAAUGCAAUAAUGCAGGUAGACUAGAAAUACUAGAUUGAAAAUUAAAGUAGUUUAGCUUGUCCCAUUGUGACUGACAGUGUUGUCCGACACCCAACGCUGUACCCUGACAUUUUCCAGGCUUUCUACGUAGCUGAAUCUAGUAUUAGCUUUGAAAACCCAUUGUAUGAGUGGUGGGUGGAUGGGUUGGAAACGUGUGCUCUCUACACACUGUAUGUUACUCACAUCAGAAGCUGUAUGGCCACUCCAUAUGCUGUGAAACUGUAAAUGAUUCCCAAUACACCUGUAACUCUUACCAGGAUUGUGAGAAAUAAACUAUAUAUAGAGAUAUAUAUACA